AUGGAGUAUGUUAAGCUGAGGGUAUGCAGUACUAGUUCUGAGGAACUAUCCCAGGAAACAACUUCUCCGGAUGGAAGCUCGACACAAGCGCUGAAGCUGGUGUUGGAGAAAUUGGAGCAGAUGGGAAGUAAGCUGUUGGAACUUCAAAGUGAGCUGACGGAACAACGCCAAGAAGCAAAACGGAAUCAGGCGUCCAACGAAAAGAUUUUCACAGAUUUCGCAAACGAUGUCGCGCGCAACAUAAGUCUGCUCCAGGAUCAAUCAAUGUUGAUUCUAGCGAAGCAAAGCGCGUGCACCAGCGACCAGGAACAGUUAAGUGAAAUAUCGUUCAUCUCCACGGCGAACGAAGGAGUGGAAUUGGGCGAACUGCAGGAAGACACGAGCACCUCCUUCACCUCAGCAGAAGAUGAAUCAUCAACGCCAGUAACAACAAGCACAACUCCAGGAACAACGCCAACAAAGGCUGCACCGCCUUCUACUACAUCUCGAACAACACCAUCAACUCCAUCGACAACAACAGCUCCACCAUCAGCAACGACCACAACAACACUCAAACCCCAGGUACCUUCUUACUCAUCCUGCAGGAACGUUCCAUCAAAUGUGUCGGGAGUGUAUCGUAUCAGUGUACACAACGAUAGUGUACCGAUCUACGUUUACUGUGAGCAGGAGAAAUUCGGAGGCGGCUGGAUUGUAAUUCAGCAUCGGUUCGAUGGCUCAGUUGAUUUCUACCGGAACUGGGAAGAAUACAGAAAUGGCUUCGGUGAGUUAGACAAAGAGUUUUGGUUUGGAUUGGAGCAGAUUCAUCAAAUCACGUCAGCCCGUAAUCAUGAAUUGAUGGUCGAGAUCCGGGACUUUCGGGGCAACUACGGGUACGCCCGUUACAGUUUGUUUCAAGUAGGCAACGAGAAGGAGCAAUACCAUCUUAAGAAGCUGGGAUUGUAUAAGGGCAUUGCAGGUGAUGCGCUAGGGUACAGCAGGGUCACGAAGUUCUCCACGAAGGAUCGGGACAAUGACGGAAGUUCCGAACGUCAUUAUGCUGUUCAUAACGAAGGUGCCUGGUGGUACGGGUUCAAUGGUAGCAGUUCGAAUCUGAACGGACGGUACAUGGAUGGCUUCAAUGAGAAAUCCAAUUGGUGGAAUUAUUAUAAAAAUUUCUAUCUAGGCUUAAAAUUCACCAGGAUGAUGAUCCGUGAAUUACAGGAAUGA